UUGAGCUACUACUAAGCUAGCCAACCAGACGUUUUCAACACGCGUGCGGCGGCAUGUUGUUACCUCCCGUCGUCCACCUCCUCCUCGCCGUCGUCGUGGUUUCCUCCGCGGCGAUGUUGCCGGCCACCGCGGAGGACACCAUCCUGAGCCACAAGUGCAGCGUGCCGGCGGGCAACACGAGCAGCGAUGCUGCUGCUUACAGAUCGAACCUGAACGCCCUCGCCACCAUGCUCGUCGCGGGCGCGAAGGAGAACGGUUCGGCCGUCGGCGCGGUAGGGGCAGCGCCCGACGCGGCCUACGGCGUCGCGCUCUGCCGGGGGGACUUCACUGGGGACGUCUGCGCCCUGGGGCUCAGCGACGCCCUGUACAGCGCCAUCAACAACUCCGAGAAAGCCUUCGGCUGCGGCCCGCAGUUCAGGGACGUGACGCUCUACUACGACCGGUACCAGCUGCGCCUCUCCAGCGUCGACUUCCUCUCCGGCGACGGCAACGUGACGAAGUGGGCGGGGAACAACACCAACGUCGUGACGCCCGCCGCGGCCGCGCAGCGUUUCGACGAGCUCGUCAAAGAGCUGGUGAAAAACAUCGCCGACAUCGCCGCGGACAAGCCGGACAGGUACGCGACGGGGCGGUCGUGGUUCAAGGAGAAGGGCCUGAAGGUGUACGGCCUGGUGCAGUGCACCGUGGACAUGCCGCCGGAGCGGUGCCGGGCUUGCCUCGACCGCCGCAUCUCAGAGUUCCCACAAACUUUUCUCAGAGGGCAAUAUGGCGGCAGGAUUCUUGUGCCGCGGUGCACCGUGCGGUACGAGACGGACGACACGUUCUUCAACACCACCAACUUGUCGGUCGACCUCCAUAAGCCCAAACCGAGCAAGGCUUGGAUCUGGGCGACCAUAGCGGUUGUCUUUGUAUUCCUGUUGGUUGCUUGCCUCCUUCUCCAUAGAUGGAUCAAAAUACGACGAAAGAGAGAACUUGCACGAUCAGAAUUACGAAGGUUGUCUAUUGCUGUGAAAAGUGUGAUAAAUCUCUGGAGGAUGGAAGAAGGCAACUCCGGGUUUUCGCUGUACGACUUCUCUCAGAUGAAAAUUGCAACGAAUGGUUUUUCGACUGAGAACAAACUUGGACAAGGUGGUUUUGGUGCUGUCUAUAAGGGUCGAUUGCCUGAUGGGCUUGAGAUAGCAGUGAAAAGACUUGGCCCAUGUUCGUUGCAAGGUUUACUAGAGUUCAAGAACGAGAUCCAGCUCAUAGCAAAGCUUCAACACAGGAAUCUAGUCAAGCUGCUGGGCUGCUGUAUUGAGGGGGAGCAUGAAAAGAUUUUGGUCUACGAAUACAUGCCAAACAAAAGCCUAGAUCUCAUCAUCUUCGACAACAAAAAAGGAGUGUCACUAGACUGGCCUAAACGCAUGAAUAUAAUCGAGGGGAUAUCUCAGGGGCUUCUCUACCUCCACAUACACUCGCGUCUCUGCGUCGUUCACCGGGAUCUCAAAGCCAGCAACAUCCUGUUGGAUAGCGAGAUGAACCCUAAAAUUUCAGAUUUUGGGAUGGCCAGGAUCUUCAGCUCUAGCGUGGCGGAGUCAAACACCACCAGAAUUGUGGGCACACAUGGCUACAUAGCUCCGGAGUAUGCUUCGGACGGAGUUUGCUCGGUCAAAUCUGACGUCUUCAGCUUCGGCGUCCUGGUCCUGGAGAUCGUAAGCGGGAAGAUGACUGCUGGAUCCUACAGAUACGAUGGAAAGUUAUACAAGCUCAUCGCAUAUGCUUGGUUGCUGUGGAGAGCCGGGCAAUGGCAUGAGUUGGUGGAUCGAUGUGUAAGGAAUGAGAAACACCACUUCACGAUGGCGAGGUGCGUCCAUGUGGCGCUCCUCUGCGUGCAGGAGAGCGCGGACGACCGGCCCGCCAUGGACGAAGUCCUGAGGAUGCUGGGCAGCAGCGAGGGCGCGGUCCUCCCGGAGCCCAAGCAGCCGGCGUACUUCAACGUGCGCCCCGUGGGCACGGAGAUGUCGGCGUCCUGCGACAUGAGCAUCAGCAUAACCUUGUCGAGAUAGCAGCUGCCAUGGUACAAGUGUUUGCAUACAAAUUGCAGUAGCAAGUAACAUACUAACGUAGUUGCAUGGAAUGGAUCACGAAAGAGGGGCAUGCAUGCAUGGUUUGUUGACUACUGUAUAGGCGUGCAUGAAAUGGUCGAUGCCGAUGCAGAUCAUGCAACUUGUUUUAAUGCUUACAUGACUUGAUGUAGUGAGUGUUCGUCCAUAUGCUUGUAAAUGUUUUUCUAAAUAGUUUAUGCAUGUAAAUGCUGGUCAAGUAAGAGUAAACAGAA